AGCUAGUUCUUUUUGCCUGCUUCACAGUGGUAAAAAUAACGUCCACAUUAACGUUUUUAUUGUUGUGAUUUAGACGAUUGUUAACACCCUGGAACUCAAAAUAUGACAUAUUUAACUGCACCGCAUCACAUACGUAUCCCAGGUCAUCUUUAAUUCGCGUUGGAGACAGGACUUGGUUGAUAGAUGUUAUCUAGAUAACGCUAGCUAGCUGCUAACAAUGGCUAACUGUAUGGUUUUUCACACUCAAAUAGCCUCCGUCAUGGAGGUCCUAGCGAAUGCAGCCGUGGCAGAGAUCUGUAAACUCGUAGACGAUGACUAUGCAGUGUUUCGUUUGGAAAUAACUCAAAGCCAGAAAGAAAACAGGACAUUGCGAAGGAAACUACUGGAACUGAAGGUGGCACGGGAGCGCGCAGAGAAGACAAUCCGAGAGCGCGUCCUCGCCAGUCGUCCCAGUAGUGUCAAGAUCCUCGACCGAUUCAGAGGAAUGGCAAGAGGUGAAGGACAUCUCACUGGAGGCCACAGGAUCUCUGUGAAACCAGCAGGACACAAUACAUGGAGAGAAGACCAACCAAUCACUGUUGAUGAGGGGAGUGGAACCUCAACCCAGCACGUUAUCAUGAUAGAGUCUGCAGAUGCUGAGCCUGCAGGUCCUGGGGUCAAACAGGAGAGGUCUGAAGGAGAGGAGGACCAACGACACAGCAGAGACAUCCAGACUGGGGCAGAUGGAGCGCCCCUUGUAGCCACGGAGGACCCCACCAACGCCCCAGCGCAGCUCAGGACCCAAUGCAGUAUCACGGAGGAGGAGGAGGGUCCAGAGGUGCUGCUGGUGAAGGGGGAGGGGUGUGAGGAAGGUCUGUGGAAGCCUGAGGGGAACAUGGUCAUGGAGGACAACCGGACUACACCUCCGCCUGAACCCGCAGAGGAACCAGCUGAGCAGCACAGGACCACACACAGUCUCACUGAGUCAGUUGACAUGGAGGAAUGGAAGCCUGAUCUGCUGCUAGUCAAAGAGGAGACAAUAGAGGACGGACCAGAGAGCAUUGACCUGCUGAGUGGACUAACGAUGGGGGAGCAAGGUGGUUGGCUGGAGGCUAACAGAGGAGACUGGGUGGUCAACUUGGAUUCCCAGACCCAGACAGGUGCAGCCAAAGGCCCUGGGGACGACAUCACUGAGCAAGCCAGGACCAUAGGCGACAUUGUGGAGUCUGCAGUCCAUGAGGACCUGCUGAUAUCAGGUGUUGCUGGUAGGAGAGACUGGACCUCUGAAGCGGCUGGUCACAAACCCUGGCCCCGGAUCAGGACAGUGGAUCAAGAGCCGUCACUAUUCCUUCCUGAUUCAGAUUCAAGACGGAACCACGAGGAACAAAGACUCAACCAUCACGUAGAACACAACCAGUGGACAGGUGGACUGAACAACUUCAGUCCUGGUGGUCAUCAGAGAGACAGAGGCUCCAGUCAGGGAUCCAGUCUGCAGCCCAGACCCUUCUCUUCACAGUCUCAGUGCAGGGAUGAAGCAGGGCCUGCGGCUGAUAGAGAGAGACCCUCCUGUUCCUAUGAUACAAACAGCACAGCAUCCAUGAUGAACAGAGCAUGUCAGCGUGGGGUUCAGCCUUCACAGAGAGUGACAGGAGCCCUCCCUGGUGGUAGUCUAUCAGCAAGUCGGUCUUCUCCUUCAGGGUCUUGUCUAAUGACUGGUGAAUGGGUUCAUAGAAAGCCUGGACCUGGGUCUAGCCUUCCUCGGUUACCUCAUGGUUACCCCAAUACAGACCGGGUCAGGAUGGGUGUUCUCCACAAGAGGUACUUAUGCUAUAACACAGCACACAAUUCCAACAACAGCCAAACAAUGGCUAGAGGUCAAGGAAGGAGCUCAAAGACUAACCACCUGAUGGCGGUGGCGCCUGCUUCUACCUCCUCUGGUGUCAUUGGAUCACAAUGUGGGAGGCCGAGCAUGAGGACGGACCCAGACAAGCCGUAUGCCUGCCCCACGUGUGGGAAGCGCUUUGCUGAGGUGAACUAUGUGAAGAAGCACCAGAGGGUCCACACAGGGGUGAAACCGUUCAGCUGUACCCAGUGUCACAUGCGCUUCGCCCAGGCUGGUGACCUGAGGAGGCACCAGAGGGUCCACACAGGGGAGAAACCCUACAGCUGUACCCAGUGUGAGAAGAGGUUCUCACGCCAGUACCAGCUAAAUGUGCACCUGAAGGUCCACAUGGGAGAAAAGCGGUUUGUUCGCCUGCGAGAAGAGUUUCUCAGAGAGGAGCCAUCUCAGCAUACACCAGUAGAAAAAACAUUCCAUUCUAUAACAUAGAAAAUUACAAUUCUACUCGAUAGCUUCUGAUGUUUAGAUCAAACCCUGAGUAACAGAUUUCAGUUUUGAAUACUGCAUCCAGACAUUUGAUAUACACGGUAUAAGGUGCAUACAGUGCCUUCAUAAAGUAUUCAUACCCCUUGACUUAUUCCACAUUUAGUUUAAUACAGCCUGAAUUAAAAAUGUAUUAAAUAUUUUUUUUAAAUCUCAGUCUACACACAAUACCCCAUAAAGACAAAGUGAACAUGUUUUUAGAAAUGUAUUAAAGAUUAAAUAUAUAACUAGCAAAUUUACUUCAGUAUUCACACCCCUGACUCAAUACAUGUUAGAAUCACCUUAGGCAGUGAUUACAGCUGUGAGUCUUUCUGAGUAUGUCUCUAAGAGCAUGACACACCUGGAAUGUACAAUAUUUGCACAUUAUUUUACAAAUUCUUCAAGCUCUGUCAAGUUGGUUAUUGAUCAUUGCUAGAUAGACAUUUAAGUAUUGCCAUAUUUAAGUCAAAACUGUAUCUAGGCCACUCAGAA